AAUGAUGCGACCCGCUGCUCGGGCUCGCUGGACUGUCAGCAGAGGCUGCGCGGAGCGGCGGGUGCCCACUUCAAGAGGAACGGGUCGUGGAGUAUGUUCGGCCCUGCUCCAGAUUUGAUGCCGUCACGACAUUGUCUGCACGCACGGAGCUUCGGUUUGCGCUGCGAGGUCAGAGUUUCGGCGGGCCCACUGCGAAAAGGCGUCGCCCGCGAUGAGCAUAUCAACGUGGUACACAUCGCCUCGGACUGAAAAAUCCGGAUUUUCGAAAUUAAUGUGCCUCGACUGGGGCUGACCCCGGUGCACGCGCGCGCGCGGAUGAUUCUUCAAUGAGUGCUGAGUGUAUGGCGGCCUCUGCUGUAGGAUGAAGACAGCUAGAGGCGACGGACCAAGUCUCGGGAGCUGGAAGACUUCCGGCUUCAAGAGUCAAAAUCCUGAUGUAUACUCUACUGAUGCUCUUUUUGCUGAGUGUUUCGGUGCUUGGAUAUCGUAUUCUUCCCGAGGAACUCUCCCUGAGACCCUCCGUUAUGCGUCCACAAUUGAUAUUCAAAUCUCCUCCUGUGCGAAUUUCGUAUCCAUCCUUGACGAAGGAGUAGGUAAUACUUAUUAGCUUGUCCUUCGAAUCGCAUGUGCGUAAGUCAGUCUGUCGUCUACGACAGUAUUGCUGAAUUUUGAGAUGUCCAUGGAUAGUGUCUGGAGCGCGUAUCUUUGGAUCAGAAGUCUACCGUGAUAUCCAAAGCCGCAUGAAUCUCAGUCUUUCCAGGUUUUUUGUGUUCUGACAUAAGAUUCACUUAACAGAAUAAGGAGCUCCAUGAGUUCUUCUUGUUGUCGGGUUCUCUGACAGAUUCUACCUGAUGUGAGCUGGUAAGAAAGCAGAUUCGGGUGAAGUUGUUCCGUUCUUCGACAGGUGUGUAUGGCUGAAGGUCCAGGCGCCUCGGAGAUCGAGGAAAGCCAAACCCAGCCUCCAUCCCCCGUAGGAUGGAGUGGCCUCUUGGAAGGGAUGAUGGAAGAUGAAGUCGAAGAACAGGAGCUUCCAGCUUCUAUCUCAGAUCUCAUCAACUGUCAUUGGGGAAUAACGGCAGAAGGAUUUGCUGAAACCGGAACGAUUCAGGAGAGAUAUGGGGAUGUGCCUCCUAGUGACGAGCCUCGUUUGUCCAGCGCGCGACUGCGGAGGGAGGCACGGCUGAGACUGCUGGAGGCCAUAGGCAGCUGUCAAACUUUACGUCGUCUUCGCGUCAAUGUAGAACAGUUCGCGUCCACUGCUGAGGAGGCGCAGGCACUUCUGAACCCUCUCAAGUCCAAUCCUGCUCUGCAGAUAUUGUCCAUCGAAGGCCAAUGCCGGGAAACCACAAGAUGGGUGAUGGACGGUCUGUGCGACGUGAUCCGAUGGGCUCCCCAGCUGAGAAUCCUAAAUCUAGACGUUGCCUUGAGAAGUACGAACGAUGUGAAGGUCCUAACGAAUGCUUUGGUGAAGUGCUCUCCGUCGUUGGAGAAGGUAACGCUCGGGAUGAGGAUGGGAUUCGGAGUCUCGGACAUCCUGCUCGACGUCUUCACAGGAACGGAUUCGAAUCAGUCAAUAUCUCUGCUGUGUGUACAGCAGUUGUCUGUGGAUGUGGACGCUCUUUCCAGAUCAAUAUCCCUGAACGAAUCUCUCAAAGGGGUAUUCAUGAAUGCGGAUUACGAGUGGUUCAGGAAUGACUGGAAGCGAGCGGGUAAAUCCCUGAGUUCAAAUUUCACACUCAAUGACUUCGAAGUUGUUCUCUGGAAAGGACUACCAGCCAGUCAUUUUGAGUCUCUGAGAGGGUUGCUGGAUGCAGCCAACAAGAGAGCCGAUCCCAUCAUCAAGAUUACUGUCUCCGGACGUGCAUGUCUGGCGUCGAAAAGUACAUGCUUAUUUCUAGUGAGUGUUCUGCGAGAACUAAACUCGGUAAAGGCACUGCGCUUGGAUUUUUAUGAUGUACAACAAUCACAAAGAUUCGAACUUCAUAGGAUCUUUGAUGUACUCACACUUCACGAGUGUAAACUGCAAUCCUUGGAGUUGGAGUGGUGCAAGGGCAAGGGCAUAGAAGGAGGGUGGAAGAAGUUGUUCGAUUCUCUACGUUCUAACAGCAGUCUCACCCAUUUGGGGUUGAAGAGCAACCUAGAUCUUUGCGACGAGUCCUUUAAGGACGUAAUGAGCCUACUGGAGGUCAAUGUUACCUUGAAGACGCUUGAUUAUAGUGGCACAAGAUGGGAGGCAGAAGGCAAAGGGCCGCUCAUUGACGAGGCUUUGAAGAGGAACGCCGAGCGGGAAUCAUACAUCGGUGGUCUGAAGGAGGCCAAGUUGAAGUUCCAAAAGGCCAGAGCUGGUCGGUUGUUCUUGUGUGGUUCGCCUUAUGCCGGUAAGACAAGGCUGAGACGGACGAUGAUGAGACUGUCCAACAAAGGUUGGUUUGGAAAUAAACUGGACAAGUUGCGGCAGAACUCCUGCACAUAUAGAGAAGUGGAACUAUGGACAACUUCGGGGAUUGAAGUGGAGCUGCUCCAGGAUGAUGAAGACAUGCAGAUUGCGAUAUGGGACUUAGCAGGUCAGGAAAUUUUCCGUUCACUCCACGAUAUCAUUUUCCCGAGAACAGAUCAGCCUUUUAUAUUCUUGUUUGUUUUCAGUCCUUACGAUGAGCUGAAAAACACAAUCAAAGAUAAUCUAGAGGCGCUGUUGAGGGAAGAAUUGGAGGACUGGUUGCGAUUUGUGGCAUCGAAUUCUCGGAUAGGACAGAGUCUUCCCCGAAUGAUGGUGAUACUCACCCACGUGGACAAAGUUGAAAGUCCUGGAAUUGACUGGGUCCUCAUGAUCUUGGAGGAGUUACAAAAUGAAUAUCAAGGGGUUGUAGAUCUCGUACUUGACCCCAACAUUGGUAGGAUAUAUGUCAAUGCUCACAAGGAGAAACAUGUGUCUCCUCUCCUGAAGCAAAUCCUUUCCUCGUUCAAAGAGCUUUUCUCUAAAAAGAGGGAUUUAGUGCCCCUGCUGUGCUCGGAGCUUACUUCAACUUUAGCACGGCGAGUUUCAAGCAUCCAUCGGGAUCCUGUUUGGAGCCUUGAUAAGUUCUUUCGGUUUUGUUCAAAGAGUGUAGAAGCUUCGAAUCAACUCAGUGAAGAGGCUUGGCAGUCAGUAGCAUUAUACUUGCACGAUCUUGGAAGCAUCGUGUUGAUCCCCGCUUCCGACUUAGUUAUUGUGUAUCCUAAUUGGCUUACACGUACAUAUCUUGGAGAGCUCAUCAAAUUGGGGCAUGAUUAUCAAGUGCUCGAAGAAAAGCAUCAUGCCACACAACAAACUGUUUACAGUGAAGCAGGAUGUGUUGAUGAAAAGAUUUUGGAAGAAUGGCUAGUUGAAUCUUUUGUUAGCAGACCAAGGGAUUCUCAAUAUCCGGUGGAGACUUUGAAACUUAUCCUUGCCAAACUAGAUCUUUGUUACAGAAUGGAUGAAUCUGCCUGUGCUAUUCCUCGAUACUUCAUUCCAACAAUCCUUAGCGAGGGUGGAGUGAAGCAUGGUAGACCUCGGGCAUGGAAGUCCGUAUCGGAUGUGCAGCCCAACUACUUUGGUUUCCGCCUUCAGUGUCAAGAUCCGUGGAGAACGUCUUUAACUUCUUCAUUCUUCACGAGGUUACAGAUUACCUUGCGAAAGAAGUUGAUCGCAAACUCUUCACUCUCUGCCGAUGUCGAAUGCUCCCGGGGUUACACCACUUUGUAUAUGGAUGGGCACGAGAUCAUAAUGGAAGAGUCUCAUCAAAGGACAGUUGUGGGAAGUCACGUUGACAUCUUAGUCAAGGGAUCAGGCGGGAAGUCCAAAGAUGACACGGUGAAAUAUGUUAUGAAGCAUAUCAUCGACGAGAUCAGAGCAUUCUGCGCUUCUCCACGAGGUUGUCAAGGAGUGAUACUGGUUCUCGGUAUACUCAAUACGAAGUGUGUGGAGAUGCUCGUCCCCUGUGAGCUCAGGGAUGAGAGACAAGUGGUCACGGUGGAACAUCUCAAACAAUUGUUGCAGCAGGAUCUCGAGGCCCGCCUGGAAGAGGACGAUCUCAGAGAUGAGGAUUCGCUGCUCAAGUAUGAGCAUGUUUGGGCUGAAGUGCUAGAAGAAAAUAUUCCCCGCUACUCCGAGUUCGCGAAGGAUCUUCUGUUGGAAAGUGAUGUGGAAAAGCUUUUAAGUGCUGUACAAUGUAAACUGAAAGAGCAGCUUCAAAAUUUGCGUGAUGUCUCAGAACAACUGAGAAGUGAACUCAGUGAGUUAACAUCAGGUGGACAUAGUCUUCCUGCCUUCGACAUCGAUGAGUCAGGUUCAGUUGGUGCUUCAGAUUCAGAGCCAAUGAUAUCGUCUCGAAUCGUCCCCAGUUACUCCAGUGAGAAACAGGUUCAUCAGCUAAAUCAAUCGAUGCUUGAUAAUCUGGACACCAAUGACGACAAGUUGGAAGUAUUGGAUAACAGAUUAUUGACUUUUCAGAAAAGAUUGCAAAAAUCAAGCCUGAAAGGGAGACUCCAUCAAAUUGUCUCCAUCCAGCAAAAGAUGAACUCCACCUGUGCAACCUUUCAGUCAAGCUUAGAUGAGAUUGUAGGGUUCACUAGUUCUGUGGAGCAGGCGAGAAUCCCCAAACGACCGUUUUUCAACAAGAAGGAUACUAGGCUUCUGCAAAAGCUCACCUCAAAGGCACGUUUUGGAAAAGUCGUUCGUUUGCACUUUAUGUGCGAAUCCAAGACUAAGCCGCAUUUUAUUGAAGAUCAAAAAGGUAUGGAGCUAGUGUUGGAAAAGGAAAAUUGUGAAUGGCUGCGACGACUAUCUACCAUUUCUAUCCAAACGGUACGCUUCAUCUUGAAAGCAGGGCUCCAGGAGACUCUGGGCUUGCAACCAGCAUUUCCAGCUGUUGACGACUUCGAAACGCAAGUUUCUGCGAUGAUCGGCACCGCUGUGUUGGAGAAGUUCAAGGUGGCCGAUGCCUUGAGCUUAACGCAGAAGAAUGAGGCUUGGUGCAGCUUGACGAACUUGCUAGAUUCCAAGCUACAGGGUAACUUUGCAGAUGCCUUCAACCUGCACAGAGUCAAAUACUCGAGCUCAGAUGAUGGAGAUUAUGGUUGGCUCUGCGAUAUGUGCAAGAAAAAAGGUAUCAUGUCCGGUAGAUUAGGAUCAUGAAUCAUCUCUACGAUUUUUUAGAUGAACAGUUUCUUUGUAUAGUGAAAAUUCGAGGGGCCCGAGGAAAUAACAAGAAGAACCCAUCAAGUACGAGAUAAAACCAAACGGGUAACAAGGGGCUAGCCCUAAUAUUCUAGUACCUUUUGUAUAGUAGACACCUGUGUAUAUCUCAUGAUUUGCUACGAUCAAUCAUGUUAUAUUGAUAUGCCAUGUUGCGUAUGAAUAAAAAUUG